AGUCGCCCCCCUUUUGUAAGAACAUCUAUCAUCAAUAUGAACAUCACAACAACACUAGCCCCAGCAGUGACUUCUACACUUGAAGAUUCUCAGCCUCCUGAAACACAUAAGAUACUUUAUAUCAUCAUCGCAGCUGUGGGCUCGAUAGUGGUUAUGGGCUCGGUCUUCUUGCUUCGACUCUAUUGGUCUCGCUCGUCUGCACGUGGGGCGUCCUGGAAUGAGGAGUACCAGGACCCCGCGACGAAGCGACGAAGACGUCUCAAGUCGUUGGUGGAAGAGAAGACUCUUCGUGCUGAGUACAAAGACUAUAAGUUAUUACAGCGCAGACGGAUGAGCACUAUGGUCUCUUCGCUUGACGAAGGCUCCUUCGAUGAAACAUCAGCCGAAGCCGAGCCGGUAUCCACGGCGAAAGAUUCGCAUAACCACAUUAGUAGUGUCCUUUCAAUGUUGCACUUGAAUCGUGAGAGCACCUCUAGUGAUGAUGACGACGAUGCUCAACAGCUGUAUCCAGCAUGGAAGAUGCACGCUGAAACGGCUACUGACUGUGCAGUCUGUCUCGGCGAAUAUAAGCCUGAUGACCCGGUCUGCGAGCUUGAAUGCGGUCAUGUAUUCCACGAGGACUGCCUAUUCAAGUGGUUCCUGAGGUCUGAUAACGUUCAGUGUCCGUUAUGUCGCUAUGACUUGGAGGAUGAGUCAAGUCCUGUUCCUUCCCCUGCGCUUCCUGUAAAUCGUCUUCAGUCAGAAGACCGCUCACUUGUCGGGUUCUCCCGUUCACCUCUCAACAACGUGUGAUGAUAUUGAGCUCAGUCUUUAUCUCUCCUGUACUGAUAGCCUAUUAGUAAUAGGUCGCUACAGAGAUCUCCCUCGUGGUGAGGCCGAUCCCGCAUUCCUGAUUAUUCUCGUGGAUUGCUCAAUACUGUUCUUUCUCUCUGAUUACUGCUGCACUCAAACUUGCGAUCUAUUUUAUAAGCUCAUAUCUAGUAGUACCGCUUCAAGCUGUUAUUAGGAGUCUUCGGCGGUAGUGUAUCCUUGGUUUCUCUAUUUACCUCGGUUAUUAUGAUGAUCAUUGCUAUUCCUGGAUAGUCUGUGUUAUUCUGGUCAGUGAUGAUGGUGCCAUGCGAAAUAGCUCGUGUCAAUACGUUGUCGUUACAGUGUUGUCAUAUUGAACUGUGACACUGUACUAUUUCUAGUCAUUCGAUGCUGUCGCCUUCAUUGCCCGUUUGUAGUUCCUUAUCUCAACUGUCUCUCAAGUGAAUGCCUUUCGUAGGAGAAAGAACGCCGUGAACAAGUCUGGUUCGUCGGCAUAGUAGUCUCUUAACGCAGCAGUGAGGAGGACACUGUGUAUGUACGCAUCGAUUGUUAAUAGUAUCUCUUGUCAUUAUGGGUCCUCACGAUGAGUUGUUACCCUAUGA